GCGCGGGGCUGCCCCUGGCCAGACCAGUGCACCGAGGGAUCUGGAGCCCCCGGCUCCCACUACUGCUGACAACUACCCCAGUGCAGAUGUCUUCGAGCACACCGAGCAAACUUUCUUGGAAGAGAAGCUCCUGGAGAUGGUGGCUGGGCCCUUGUCGGAACAGGAGGCGGCGGACCUCUGCGCCUGCGACGUGGCAGAGUUGUGUGUCGGGGCCAUGGCGGGCAUUCAGGAACUGGACAAGGUCAGGACCAUCUUCGACGCCUCGGUCAUUGGUGUCAACGACAACAUCAGGGCGAACACUGACAAGAAGACCACGGCCCCGACACUCUACGACUUGCUCUUUGCUUGGCUCCAUCUGGCGUCGAAGGACCUGACCCUUUUCAAGUCGGAUGUGAGCAAGGCUCACCGGAGGAUCAAGGUUCUCAAAAAGCACUGGAGGUACAUGGUGGCCAAGAUCAAGAAGAAGUUCUGGGUCAACAAGGUCGGCACCUAUGGUGUGGCCUCGGCUCAACUCUAUUGGGGCCGAUUGGCAGCCAUCCUCACCCGCCUCUCUUACCAGAUUUCAGAGGUGUUCCUUUGGGUCCUUGUCUUUGUUGAUGAUUUCAUGGCUGUUAUGAAGGAGAGCCUUGGCGAACUGGGGGCUGCUACCCUCAUGCUCUUCCUUACGCUGCUGGGUUGUCCUAUCUCUUGGCAUAAGAAUGCCCUGGGCAAGGUCAACCGUUGGUUGGGCUACAUGGUGGACAUCUCCGAAGGCUCCGUGUGGCUCCCGGAGGAGAAAAUGACUGUCCUCCGCCCGGCCCUGGCGAGAUUGGAAUCAGGGGAACUGCACACCAGGAAGGAAAUCACCUCCUUACUGGGCAAAUUGCAGUGGGUGGCUAAGGCCUACCCGCAGGUGAGUUCUCACCUCCAGCCGCUCUAUGCAUGGGAACAAAAACUGGAACGCAAGUGCAAGCCGGGAGACCUUGUACGUUUCCUGGCUACUCUGCUCCUCUCAAUCCUGGAUACUGGUCCCUGCGUUCCUCUCCGUCUACAGCGCAACACUCCAUGCUAUGGGAGUAGUGAUGCCGGCGAGGACGAUGGCUGGGUCGCCAUUGGUGGCUGGUUCUCGCCCUCUCUGAACCCGGCUAAAGCGGAGGUCCUGUGGUUCUCCAUGGACGUCCUUGCCACGCCAUGGGCGCAGCCCCUCCUGGCGCACACUUCUGCUAAGCGCCGGAUUGGGGCCCUUGAACUCCUGGGUACCCUCAUUCUUUUCCUUCUGGCUGCGGAGUCCCUGGGACCCAGCAUGGUCGAUGCGCACCUCCCUCUCACUACGGAUAAUGAGGGCAACGCCUUUUCUGCCAGCAAGAGAUCUUCGAAGAAGUGGCCUUGCUCGGCGCUUUUGAUGGAGCUCUCAGCACAGGAGUUCCACAAGGGUGUCUUUGCUCAGGCCACCCAUGUCAAGCGGAGCUCAAACACGUGGGCAGAUCAGCUCACACACUUUGAUUUCGAAGGAUUCUCCCCCGAAAAGAGGCGGGACGUCUCCUUGUCCUGGACUCCGAGCUGGAUGAUCCUGGAAAAGCUCCUUUCUUUUAAAUCAGAUCAAUAG